UUGCCAGAAUUUAAGUGAAAAGAAAAGAUUUUUUUUAACAGCAGACUGAGUCAAAAGGGAAUGGAAAGUGGAUAGUAUUAUACUUGUGUCUGAAAGUUGCACGUUACCGACUUUAAUUUGUGUCUUAUGAGAUUUUAAGAAAAAUGAUCAUCGCUAUUGUUUCUAAUGAAAAGACUUGCUAACUGAUGGAAAAUUCUCUGAAUGUUCUCCCGGUUAGAAGUUGAGAAGGCGAUCGCCAUGAAUAGAGCUAUUUAACACUGAGAAGUUAACACUCCUGCAGUACGCCUCGCAUUGUCCAAUAUUUGGAGGUUCAGCCCUACGUGAGGAGGGAGAGGACAGAAACCGAUUGUGAAAGCUGGAGUAUUAUAACAGCGUGCGUUUUUUGUUCAAUCUCCCUUAAAAUCGAUCUGCUUUUAUAAACUAAUUGUUGAAGCCCGCAGUCCUCCUUGUGGCCAUGGGGACUGCUCAGUUUGGUGCACUGCUACUUUUCUUCACCAACUGGCUUCUCGGUGUUCACGCCGCUUCGGGAGAGUACUGCCACGGCUGGUCUGACAGUAACGGGAGCUGGCACUCGGGAUUCCAAUGUCCCGAGAGAUAUGAUGGGCAAGAGGCCGCUUUCUGUUGCGGAUCGUGUGGUCUCAGGUAUUGUUGCUCCCUGCGAGAUAAUCGGCUGAACCAGGGCGUCUGCAGCAACGAUAACAAUGUGCAUCAGGAAGCAAACUCUUAUAGCAGGUCAACAUCAGUUCCUAUGUAUUUGCCAUUCCUCAUCGUUGGUUCCAUAUUUGUAGCUUUCAUCAUAGUUGGUUCAUUCAUUGCAGUUUGCUGCUGCAGAUGCUUGAAACCCAAGCCACAGGAGAACCAGCAGGAUGCCCCCACCCAGAGCCGUUUGCUGGAGUCUAUUCCUUCAACUGGUAUCAGAACCCCUUCCCGCCAUUCUACUUCCAGCUCCACGACUACUUCCACAAGGAGUUCCAUGGGACGGCAGAACAACAUCUGUUCCAUGGGAACAGAUGGCAUAAACCUCUACAUGAACAUGCCUACAAAUUUCCCUGUCAUGGGCUGCCACCAAACUCAGCAAUUCCUACCUUCACAAUCCACAGGAAAUCCUUUCCUACCAGCACAAUAUAUUAGCUAUGGGCUUCCACCAGAUCAUACACUCGUAAUGACUUCUGCAUAUGUGGACAGACCAGGUUAUGGACAACAAUCUCAUAAUCCUUAUUCACAUGGAACAUUAAGUGGUGACCAGCUGAUGUAUCCUGCAGUCACUCUGUAAGAUUUAUUCAUAUGUAAAAAUAAAAGCAGACAGUCUUUAUGGAGUCCCUGACAGUAAUGCAAGAGAAAUUGCAAUAUUUAGUCAAAUGGUAAUAAUUUAAAAAUGGCUAUGUAACAUUGCUUCUUUUGACUCACAGUGCUGCAUUACUUUUAGAAUUAAUAAUGUAAGAGAUAGAAGCAGUAGGCAUUUGGUCCUGGAGACUUUUCUGCCAUUAAUAACAACAAGGUUGACCUACUACCUCAACUCAA